UUGAAAAAUUCACAGUAGCCACAUGGCCGAAACGGAGGCUUCCAAUUUGGCCGAGUACAAGGCCGGCCGCAUGAUCCUUCUGGGCAAGAUGGUAGAGCCGGAUGAGCGCAAGGGCCUGCUCUUUGUGCGCCGAUCCGCCGGUGAUAAUCAGGUUCACAUCCACUGGAUGGACCGGCGAUCCGGGGCCAUUGAGCUGGACAUUGUUGCCACGCCGGGUGUCAUCGAAUUUCGUCGCAUUGAUCAGUGCAAAACCGGUCGGGUUUAUGUCCUCAAGUACACACGAUCGCCGCAGCGUUACUUUUUCUGGAUGCAGGAGCCGCAGGCGGACGGGGAUGCGUUAUUUUGUCAGCGGGUUAACGAUCUGAUUGCCAGUGGUGAACGGAAUUGGCAUGAGAGUGCGGCGGCCGAGGGCGAUGUGGAUACGGAUGUGGAGCACGAAAGACAUCGCGGUUUCGGUGGCAGUGAAAAUCCUCAAGUUCUUGCGGAUAUGCUAGCCGGAACGCAAAAAAAUUGGCUAACAGCUAACCAGAGUUUGACUCAUUGGCAUACUAAUGAUGCGGUGGAAGAAAAACCGCCCUUGGCAUUCUCCGAUCCCCACACAGAUACAUAUACAGAGAUAUUAGACUUGGCAACUGUUUUGCGCACUUAUGGCGUAGAAGCAGUGGAAAACCUCCUAAGUUGCCCAUUGAGACGUGAAAAACUGGUAGCCCUACUGCCCAAAGAUCCUGAAGCAGAUGAUACGCAUAAAGAUAUCCGAGAGCAUCUACAUUCCCCACAAUUCUACGAGACCUUGUCCUAUUUCUCCUUUGGACUGCAUUCGGGAGUGCUCAGAUCGAUCCUGGAGCCACUGUUACAACAUGACCAUCUCAGUGCCUUGGAUGCCGCCCAAGUUGGGGAUAUUGAGCGCUUUCUACGUGAACUACAUCAAAACGAAAGGGAUUAUAGUGGGCCAACCGAUUGAACCGGGAGGGUCUCAUAAAUAAGUCAAAAUAUAGAGAAUUAAAUAUGGCACAUAAUAGAGGAAGAGUGUACAAAAUGCAAUAACUGCUUAACUCCUUGGUCGUCGUUUCUUCUCGAGUUACGAAGAUAAAUGAGAUGCCAUAAGUUAGACGACAACUUGCACAACUCCAGACAAAGAACAAGCGGAUAAAAGUGUGCUUGUGCCCAGGAAAGAAGUAGCAGAAAAAAAAAUAAAAAAAAACAAAAAUAAAAAAGAAUCGGGGGAACACUAAAAAUUGAUAUAAAAUACACAGAAAAAGAAGCAAAGCAACGGUGAAUACAAAACGAAGGAAAUUUCUCAAAUAA